GAGGCCACGAGCUAGUAUCUUGAGGCCACAACUUAGUAUCUUGAGGCCACGAGUUAACUUAUCUUGAGGCCACGAGUUAGUUAUUUUAAUUUUUUUUGACUAAGUGGUUCCAGAAGGGCUCCGUAGGAUUCUGCUUCUCCACAAGUCUCUCAUGAGCAGUCAAAUCGGUCCCGCACUCCAUCCAUGGACUCCAGUGACUCACAGGACACAGUCAUUAUUGAAGAAACUUCCUCAAGUAAACGAAUGAGGCUAGACGAAGAAGCUAAAAAGGUGGGUAUCAAUUUUUUUUUACUUUUAUAUUUUUGGGGAAUAAAGACUGGUAAAACUUAUAAAUGUAUUUUUAAAAAUGAACAUGAAUUUGAUAUUUAUUAUUGAUUUAAGUUGAUCAAUGAGAAUCAAUUUUGAAAACUAAUUUAUAUGUAUGUUUUUAUUAUAAUCUUUAAGUUGGUGGAAACCAUUCUUGUCCAGAAACCUGUUGAGGAGUGUAUAAUAACUGAGUACAACCGAACUAAGUCUUUGGGGGAUGAAACAAGGAGGAAAAUGGUUAACAUCUUGGCAGCUCACAUGACAGAAAAGAAUGGGUAAUCUUCAUAAUCAUCACCUGGUGUAUUAAUGGUCUCUAGUUUUAAAAUGUCUUGAUGUUGUUUAAAGUCAGGCAAAGGACACAAAUUUUAUUUAUUUUAUUUUUUACUGCAGUACGUCACCAACAAGGCAGGUGAAAGAAAAAUAUGCCAGAGGAAUUGUGGCUUUGUUCCCGUACCUCAGUGACCCCUUUUCCAAAAAUGGCUACAUUAGUGUCUGCUUUGAAUUCUAAUUCUGUGUUGAAAUUUUUUCACACUUCGGGACAGGUGGUGUAUUUUGCUGUUGAAUUUAUAUACUUUUUAUCUGUAUUUUUCUCCUUCUAAUGAACAUUACUAUGAUGGCGAAAGCGGUACUGAGUACUUGGCAUGGAGAAUCAAAACUAUACAGAGAGGCUUAGCUAAAGAACGAUGUGCAUCAUUUGAAGCUCAUUUGGCUGAGGACGGCUUGCUGAGGACAACUUUCUCAAUCUCAAUCAGUUUAAUGCUGGAUUUGCACAAAGACUAUUCUUGAAAGAUGGAGCAGUUCCCUCUUUGUCUGGAGAAGGCAUUGUUUAUGGACCACAACCGAUUGAGCAAGACUUUGUUCUGAUGUUUGGAGAAGGAGUGUCAGGAAAGCUACUGGAGAACUGGACCACUGCAUUCAAGAAAAAAGUGAUUCAGCAGUGCAAAAAGCUUCCCAGCACCAGUGAUUUGGAAGAACUUCUACUAUAGCAGCUGAAUCUCCUACUGGUGACUCAGAGGGUGCUAAUUUUGGUAUGAUGUGUAAGAUACAUUUUUCACUUGAAAUAUUAAUUUGAAGUAGUGUUGAACAAAUUUUCCAAGGAACUUGAAGGUGAACGAUUUAGUCCCCAUACUUUUUUUUUUUUUAUGUUCUCAAAAUUCCAGUUUGUUUUAGUGGUCAAAUUCUUCUUACAUAAUGUGUGUUUAAACAGUUUGGGACAGUGAACUCGCUUCAAUUAUACUUCUGUUGUGAGUGAGACUGCUUAGGCAGAAGGACAAAUUAGUUCUCAAACAUUUGAUCAGAUUGCCAGUGUUGUAGAGGUAGCCACAACAUCUGUAUUGUUAAUGUCAAAUAAGAGCACUUUGGAUAUGUGUGCUUCGGCUGUUGCGCAACUAAAAGUUGCUGGGUUAAGUCAGUCUGCUGUAAGUGGUUUUGUUUCAUCUAUGGAGGAAAUUGUUUUUGAGAUUCACAGUCAGGCCAAGGAUGCAGCUUUGCUCUGUCUGCCUCCACAUGACAUUGCUACUAAAAGGAAAAUAGAAAAUUCAAUUGAACAUUUGGAAAAUCCAUUCACUUUCUUGAAUUCGGAAGCCAAACGAAAGAGACUCUUAACAGAGAAAUGGGGAACUGUUGAACCAACGGAAAUAGUGCUUGGCACAAGAUUUGACAGCAGAAGAAACAAAACCACAGGAACAUUUGAUCAAGUUGUUGUAACAGAUAAAUUUGCUUAUAUUCCCAUUUUAGAAACCCUAAAGGCCAUUUUACAAAAUCGGCAUCUUACUGAUUUGUUUAAACCCAGGCAUGUUCCAAAGGAAGGCGUUUAUUUUGACUUGAGUGAUGCAGCACAUUUCAAAAGUAAUCCUUUAUUUUACACAGACAAAGAUGCCUUACAAAUUCAGUUAUUUUAUGAUGAUUUUGAGACCGCUAACCCUUUUGGUUCCAAAAAAGGUAUACACAAAUUGGGUGCUAUCUAUUUUACAUUAAGGCAUUUUAACUCCUCAUUAGAUAAUAUUCAUUUAUGUGCCCUCUUUCAUGCACAGAAUAUAAGACGUUAUGGUUUUAAUUCUAUAAUCGAGCCUUUAUUAAAUGAUCUAAAAGUGCUUGAGAUUGAGGGAGUUAAGAAUCCAGUAUGUGGAAGUUGUAUUAGGGGUACAAUUGUUCAAGUCACAGGGGAUAACCUUGGCUUACACAGCUUAUUAGGGUUUCUGGAGUCAUUUGGGGCUCAAUAUUGCUGUCGUUUCUGUGUUCUUGAAAAAGAUCGCUUUCAGUUUGUGUUUUCUGAAGAUAACCCUGAGGUUGUACUAAGAACAACUGAGAUGCAUGCUCUGCACUGUAAAAGAUUACAGGACGACUCUACACUACUUCAUGUUUAUGGCGUCAAACGGGUCUGUUUGUUAAAUUCACUGAAGUAUUUCAACACAGCCAACAAUUUUGCUGUGGAUAUAAUGCACGACAUUCUCGAAGGUGUCGCUCAGCUAGAGGUAAAACUUGUUUUGCAGUACAUUCAGCAUAAUUUUCUGAGUGCUGAUGAUCUUGCUGGUAGAAUACAUGCUUUUGAUUAUGGCUACAAUCAGCAGAAGAACCGUCCUCCC